GCGGGAUGAUGAGGCGGUUCCGCCGGUCGCCCCGCCCCGCUGCCUCUGUCGGGCCUCGGCGGCGGGGACGAGAGUAACAAGUCCAAGAUGCAGAGGGGUACAAGAAUCUCAUUCAGCUCUGUGAAUUCCUCUCUCUCAUCUCUGAGAAACUGUCAGUCUUACAUAAAUACUGGAAUGGAUAUUGCUACCCACGUUGCCCUUGACCUGGUGGAAAAUUUCAAUGAUGAAGAGGAUGUUAGAAGUAUGGAAAAUGUCAUGUUAGAGUAUGCUGCAUUGGACAGAGAGCUUAAUCAUUACAUGAGAGCAUUUGAAGAAACGGUAGAUCAGAUAAAACAAGACAAACCAGAAAAGAUACCAGAUCUGAAAUCACUAGUAAAAGAAAAAUUUACUGCAUUGGAGAGCAUGAACAGUGACUCGGAUUUGGAAAAAAAUGAAAAAUAUAUGUAUUUUAAGGAUCAACUUAAAGACAUGAAAAAACAAUUUCGUCUUCAAUCAGAUAGCAACGAUAAUGACGACAUCGAACAAAUCGAUGAAGAUAUAGCUGUGACUCAGAGUCAGAUGAACUUCAUUUGUCCCAUUACACAGGCGGAAAUGAAGAAGCCAGUUCGAAACAAAGUCUGUGGACAUUCCUAUGAAGAAGAUGCCAUUCUAAAAUUCAUCCAGACUCGAAAGCAGCAGAAGAAGAAAGUCUGCUGCCCUAAAAUUGGCUGUAGCCAUGAUGAUGUAAAAGGAUCAGAUCUCGUGCCAGAUGAAGCACUUAAAAGAGCGAUUGACAGUCAGAAUAAACAAAGCUGGUCAGCGCUGUAGGAAUCGGCUGGAAGUGCCGUUGCCACAAAGAAAAUUUGUUAUUAGAGGUCUCAUGAGAUAAGCUGCUGAUUGUAAGCAGGUUGUGUAACGGAUUGUUAUUUAAAGUGUUUCAUUUGUAAGCAAAGUUGAAGGUCUCUGCUGUAACUGAAAACACUUUUUCAUCCGCCAAAUAUGAGGAAUUCUUGGUGUUUUUUUUCUCUUU